GGUCUCGACGCUGCGCCGCGCGUAUAUCGAAACCGUCCGCCGUUCACAACCUGAACACCCACAGCCAACCAACCGAAAUUCGAUCCGACGCUUGGCGACGCUUCCGACGCCCGGGCCGCACUUCCACUUCAACAGCCAUAAAUCAAUUCGUUACUAUUGAUUAUAUCGACGUGCGUGCUUAAAUUAGCAUAGGUUCCAUCGACAAGUCUUAUAAAAAGUUAAAACAUUUGUAAAACACGUAAAAAACUGGUUAAAAAACAGUGCCAAUCGAGUAAAACAAAGUUUUUAGUGAAACUGACAAAUUGCCGAAAGGAAACAAGAUACAAGAAUGAUUUUCGAUUAAAAAAGAAUGGAUCAAACCCAAGUGUGAUUUUACUUAAGUCAAAUCUUUCGUGGUUGAGUCACUCUUAUCCCUCCCUACUCCCAAGCACUACCCCUCCUACUAAACACCAAAACGCCGCACAAUGUUCCACUCAACCCCGUCGUCAGCGAGCGGUUACUCCGAGAGCAGACUGUCGAUGGACGGCAGCGGCGCCAGCUUCCACCAUCAACAUCUCCAGCAAUCACCAGUGUACGUCCCGAGUAAUCGCGCAACAAUGCCACAAUACCCAUCACCCGGUGGUCAUCACUUCGCCGCGUCACAUCAUCAAAACGCAGCCGCCGCCAGCGCAUGGCAUUCCGCCGCGGCGGCAACCGCAAGCUACGGGGAUGUGUCCACUCAUGGGGCGGCAGCACUCGCGUCAACUCACGGAGCAUUAAGUGCGGGGCAAUUCUACGCGCAGAAUAUGAUGAUGAAUACGUGGAGGGCUUACGAUGGCACGCAUGGUAGUGGAUUUCAACGUACGUCACCAUACGAUGGUGCGGUGGAGUUUCAGUUCGGUGAAGGGCGCGAGUGUGUAAACUGCGGCGCCAUUUCGACGCCCCUUUGGCGUCGCGACGGUACUGGUCAUUAUUUGUGCAAUGCCUGCGGGCUCUACCACAAGAUGAACGGUAUGAACCGCCCUCUGAUUAAACCCUCUAAACGACUGACAGCAACAAGACGUUUGGGUUUGUGCUGUACGAAUUGCGGCACGCGUACGACUACUCUGUGGCGUCGUAAUAACGACGGUGAGCCGGUGUGCAACGCGUGCGGGUUGUAUUUUAAGCUGCACGGUGUCAAUCGACCGCUGGCGAUGCGCAAGGACGGUAUUCAGACACGCAAACGCAAGCCGAAGAAGCCCAAUAGCGGCGGGGAGAGUGAAACCGCGCCCUCGGUGCUCGAAGAUAACUCAAAACUAACCCAUUCCAACUCUCAGCAACCCUCAGCGUCUAAUCACGCAUCGCAUUCAGUUUCGCUGAGCAAUCACCAUCAUCAUUCACAUGCGCAUGCGCAUACACACGCACACUCACCGAAAAGCGCAGCGGAUAGACCAUACCUCGGGCAAACAUCACUUCUACCACCGAGUAGCAUCUCCUCAUCAGCAGGUGUAGGCGUCGGGGGCGGUUCCACCGCCGGUGUUAUCAAAAGCGAACCGUACGAACCAUACAGUUGCUUCCAAACACAAACGUCGUAUCCAUAUCAGCAAUUCUUUGGAUUUCCAGGGGCGGCUGCUGCCACCCCCGACGUUGCCUACCAUCAUCAGCAUCAUGUCACAGCGGCGGCGAAAUUAAUGGCGUCGUCUUAAGUGUUUUAUUAAACUGUGAAUGAGUGAAAAGUGCAAUAAGUGAAAAAUCAUGGACUGAAAUGAAACAAAAUGGCGACACGAGUAGAUUCCUGUAAGUGUGACUGUACAUAUUCGUUCAUCGUAUAUAGGAUAACAUAACCUCAAACAAUUUAAUCAAUGUUUCGUGAUUGGACAUUAAUCAUUUGUACAAAUUUGAUGCGUUUUAAAUAGUUUAGGAGAUAAUCGAUGCACAAAUGAUGAAAAAUGAGUUGAUUUAUGGAUUUAAGCCGUACUAUAACCUAAAUUGACUUUAUUUUAAAAAUUCUCAAUUGUGAGGCCAUAAAAUACGCACGCGAAUAUUUAAACACACAUUUCUGCAUUCUGCAUCUCAAUCGAUAGAAUUAACUCUGUGUACUUGUAGAUAUUUAUUAUUACAAUUGUAACUUUAUUCGUACUUACGUUAAGAUAAUCGAUGGAAAAUAAAUUAAACUUCAUUAGAA